UUCACUAUCCGCCCGUUCACUGAUUACGAACGUACAAACGACCCUCAAGAGUCUCGCCGUCGCCGAGAUUUUAACUUCAAACUCUCGCAUUGCCGUAUUGCGAUUGAGCACGCAUUUGGGAUGCUCAAAGGACGAUUCACUUCCCUACGAAGUUUUCCCGGAUACAAGCUCAACGUCAUUUAUAUGACGGUUGAAGCUCUGAUGGUCAUACACAAUAUAUUGAUCGAUUUAAACGACGACCCAGAAACUAUUGCAAACUAC